AUGGGUCAGGGUCUUUCCACGGCUCGAGAAUUACCGAGCAGUUUAACUUCGUCGAAGAAACGUUCGGCAUUGUUGGUUUUUGCGAUAGUUGUGGGAUACCUUAUUAAGCAACGUGCUAAUCAAGGAAAGAGAAAACAGGAGACACGCUUUGCCUCUCGGGGUGCUACAGGUGGUCAAGAUAAUAUUCGGAGAUCGAAAAAAGUUGGCGUCGACGCACAAUUUUUCGCCCAAAUCAAAAAAUUAUUACCCAUUUGUAUACCUGGUCUCGCUACUAGGGAGACAGCGUUACUUCUCAGUUUGGCGUUAGUUCUUAUUGCGCGAACAUGGCUUGAUAUAUGGUUUUCUGGCUUUAAUGGUCACGUUGUCAAAGCCAUCGUAUCUCGUGAUCGAAAGGAAUUUAUCGCGCGGGCAGUAAUAGAGUUUGGAUUUAUGAUGUGGCCAAUGAGCGUAGUCAAUAACUCAUUGAAACUUACCAUUAGCGCCUUGGCCUUGUCAUUUCGAACUCGGCUUACUCGGUUUGCCCAUAACCAGUAUCUGAAGGACAUUACAUUUUAUAAGAUUUCGAAUAUCGACAAUAGGAUCCAAAACGCGGAUCAAUUAUUAACGCAGGAUAUUGAUAAGUUUUCCGAAAAUUUGAGUCAUCUGUAUUCAGAUAUUGCUAAGCCCAUUGUGGACAUGAUUUUGUUCGCGUAUAAAUUAGGGGAAGCUAUUGGUCGUGAAGCACCUAUUUACAUCAUUGGAUAUUUUAUGGCAUCUGGUGCUAUCCUUCGUGCGUUCUCUCCUCCUUUUGGAAAAUAUACUGCCGUUGAACAGAAGCUUGAAGGAGAUUUUCGAUUCACUCAUUCACGUAUAAUUACACAUUCCGAGGAAAUCGCCUUUUACGGUGGUAAUGAACGGGAGUUGGGAGUAGUUAACGGAAGUUUUGAUAAAAUCGUUAGACACGUGAAGAAAAUAUAUAGUCUUCGUUUUAUAAACGGAAUAUUUGAUUCCGUAUUGGUUAAAUAUUGUGCAACGAUGACAGCUUAUUACUUAUUAGCGAGACCUGUGUUUGAUACAAAAUACGCUACCGAGUUCAUGGGUAAACUUGAUGCAGAUCCUACGAAGAUCAUGGAAGAUUAUUCAAGAAAUUCUGGCUACCUUGUGAACCUCUCGCAAGCUGUGGGUCGAUUAAUCUUGGCUGGACGUGAUCUUACAAGAUUUGCAGGAUACACUUCUCGUGUGGCCGAACUUUUCGACGUUCUCGAGGAUGUUAAUAAUGGUAGAUAUGAGCGUACCAUGGUUAGCACAGAUUCAAAAGAAGCUAAUGUGAACCGAGCUGUGACACCAAAGGAUCUUAAGGGUAAAGUAAUAACGAAGGACGGUGUCAUCAUAUUUGAGAAAGUUCCUAUAGUUACACCGAACGGUGACGUAUUGGUAAAAGAAUUGUCGUUCAUCGUAGAAACCGGCAUGAAUUGUCUCAUUUCAGGACCCAAUGGAUGUGGUAAAAGUUCAUUGUUUCGUAUUCUCGGUGAUCUGUGGCCAUUGUUUGACGGUACUGUCACGAAACCGCCUUCUUCAAAGCUCUUUUAUGUACCACAAAAACCCUAUUUGGCACUUGGAACUUUCCGUGAUCAAAUAAUCUAUCCUGAUUCUCAAGUCAUUGCCCUUUCCAAGGGAUUCGAUGAUAAAAAGUUGGUUGAAUUACUUAACGUAGUUCAGUUGGAUUAUCUGAUUGAGCGAGAAGGUGGUUGGGAUGCAAUUCGAGAUUGGGCUGACGUUUUGUCGGGCGGUGAAAAACAAAGAGUGGCUAUGGCAAGACUUUUCUAUCAUAAGCCUCAGUUUGCUAUCUUGGAUGAGUGCACAAGCGCCGUUAGCAUUGAUGUCGAAGUCAAAUACCAUGAAUGGUUACUUCGAUUUGAUGGGGAAGGUGGUUAUAAAUUUGACAGGCUCGAAGAUAGCGACUUCGUAACACCAUUUGCCUUUUCUCAUAACAAGACUGGAAAGGAGAAGUUCUUGCUAGAUGAUGCAGAAGCUGACACUGAAGGAGAUGAUGCGCUUAACAACAGAAACAAAUCUGAGUAA